AAUUUUACAUAAACUCGGGACCUACUUCCUUAGCCUGACUAAACAGGCGUCACGUGAUACACGUGUGACCCAGCGCGGGUAUUGAUUGUUUUUAAACUCGUACCUAAUUCCAUGCCAUCUGCUUUACAAGAACAAUCUGUCUGUCUUCUCACUCUUCGAACCAGCCAUGUCUACUUCCGGUCCUCGGCUCCCUCUUCUACUACAGGCGGCACUGUGUCAGGUCCUCUUCUUCAGCUUGCUUUCUUCGUCAUUCUCUGCCUCUUACAAUAUUACUCAUCUCCCUGGAUUCGACGGACCACUACCCUUUCGUCUGGAAACUGGGUAUGUGACUAUGAAUGAGACGAGCGGAGCUGAGUUAUUCUAUUACUUUGUGGAGUCUGAAAGAAAUCCAAGCGAAGACCCACUCCUCCUGUGGCUAAUUGGAGGGCCGGGCUGCUCGGGUAUCAAUGGCCUCGCCUUGGACAUGGGGCCUCUCAGAUUCAAGAUUGAUGAUUUUGAUGGCCAACUGCCCAAUUUAUAUGCUAAUCCUUUCGCUUGGACAAAGAUUUCAAACAUGAUCUUUGUGGAUUGGCCUAUUGGUACUGGAUUCUCUUACUCAAAAACUGCGAAAGAUUAUACCACCGAAGAUGUUGAGGGGACUGCGUUUAUCUACAAGUUUCUUAGGAAACUAAUAAUGACACACUGUGCUGGAGAAGAAGACUUUAAAAGGCCUCAAAAUGUGCUUUGUGCCACUCAUCUUGAGACAUUUAAUGGGUUUCUAGCAGAAAUUAAUUCUUAUAGUAUACUGGACCCUGAUUGUUCUGAUGAACCUCCAACGUCAGCUAUGAGGUCUCUGAAGGAGAAUACAGAAGACUUCAUCAGCUCACCAUUGUCAUCAGUUCCUGAUAUUUCCUGUAUAACCGCUGAGCUUCUUGCCAAUUACUGGGGGAAUCACCAUCUUGUGAAAAAGGCACUCCAUGUCAAGGAGGGAACAAUUGAACGAUUUCACCGCUGUGAUUUCAAUGUGAAUUCGUAUUAUUACACACGAAGUGUCCCAAGCACUGUACCUUAUCACUAUAGUCUCAUUACUCGAGGUUUUCGAGCUCUAGUUUACAGUGGUGAUCAUGAUCUGAGGAUUCCAUUCUUGGGAACUCUAGAGUGGAUAAAAUCUCUCAACUUUUCCGUCUUGGAGCCAUGGCGAUCGUGGCAUGCUGGCGGACAAGUUGGAGGAUACACCAUUUUGUUCUCAAACAAUUUAACUUUUGCAACUGUGAAGGGUGGUAGUCAUGUAGCACCGGGUAAAAUGCCGUUAGAAUGUUUUGCCAUGUUUGAAAGAUGGAUUUCUCACGAGAGUCUCUGAUUUCAAUGAAUCAUUUUUUCACAUAUUUUGGCGAGGAGAUAUGAUCCCUUUAUGUUGAAUAAUUACAGAAAUUUUUCUAUGAAUAGAAUUUUACUGCAUUUAUGUUUUUCAAGCUGUAAUUUGUUAGGGCUUUGUUGUUGUUGUUGUUGUUGUAUGCUUUUCAAGUUGUAGGAGGAGCAUAUGAUGCUGUUUUGUCUUGAGAGUUUAUUUGGUUGGAUUUUUAGUUAGUUGUAUAAGAGGAGGCAGUUCUUGCAGAAUGCAUCAUUUGCUACCAGAGCUGAAAUAAAGGGACCAAACUACACAACACUUAAUCGAAAUG